ACGCAGUAGUUGCGCAACUCUUUUUUUUUUUUUUUUUUCCGUCUGCAGCUCAUCUCCAGUCUCCGCCAUCGGGGCCCGACGGGGAUUAAACACCAACAACAACAACAACAACAAACCGAAAUCGUAAAAAUAAAUACCUGAACAAAUUGAGAUGAACAGCGUCACAUUUGUCCUGGGUUUGAAGUCGGAAGAGGAGGUGAUUCGUUUCUUUCGCGUAAACAAGACGCAGAUCUCCUGCAUGGAUGAACCGAACACUUUCCUCAAUCAGCUCCGAGACCACGGACUGGUAGAGGAGGAGGUGUACAAGAAGGUAAUGAAUAUGAAAGGUAAGGAGAGAAAGCAGAAAGGUGUGUAUCAGAUUUUGGACUGGGUGGAGAAUAAGCAAGGACAGUGUAUGAAAGACUUUUGGAGCUGUGUGUUUCAAGAUCACAUUCUGCAGAAAUAUCCUGUUCUACAUUCGCUCCAAAAAAGCCUCCUCGAUGAUACCCUCAAAAUUCAUGAAAGUCUCCCAAAUGCAGAGAAAACAAGCAGGAGAAAGCAAGCUGAUAGAGAGGUAAAGAAGCAAGCGCAAAAGAAGAGUGCAACAAAGAGAAGGGAAAGUGCUAAAGAAACAGAUGAGGAGGAAACUGUCUGUUCCUCUGUGUCCAGGAAGAAGAAACCAGCCAUGAGGCCUACAAACAUGGGACAUUCUGGAAAACGAUGCUUAAAGAGAAAAACACUUCCAGUUAGCUGUGGAGAUAUGAAAGGAACACUGUAUCCAGACAAGCUUGCCAAAGGGGAGAAGUGUAUUCAGUGGCGGGAUUGCUGGUUUACUACAAAUGAAUUUGAGAAAUUUUCAGGAAGGGGAAGUAACAAGAACUGGAAACUCAGUAUCUUCUGGCAUAAAACUCCACUGCAGAGUCUGAUAAAGGAUGGAGUUUUGAGGUGUCCAGAUCACAGAUCCUGUGGUCAGAAAAGAGGGAUCUUUCCUUCAAGCCGUGAGGAAUGCUCCAGUCCUUUAUCCAGUGUAGAGACAGAUGAAUCAAGUGAAGAUCUUCAAGACAUAGAAGAAGAGGAAGAAGACACCGAUCAAGGGGACUUGUCAAAAUUUGAAGCCGCUGUUUUACCAGUCAGCUGUGGCUCUGUCAGUGGGUUUUUAUAUAAAAACAGGUUUGCAGGGUCACGCAGUAAGAGCAUCCGCACAAAGGAGCGCUGGUUCACCCCAGAGGCUUUUGUAAGGCAAGAGUUAACUCUGAAAGAUGGAAACUGGAAGAAAGACAUACUGUGUCAUGGCAAAACACUUAACUACCUGGUGAAGAAGGAGAUCCUGAUUGUUCAUGCUCGGUCAUGUCCUUGUCUUCAAUGCUGUCCCAAGGAUCAUCGGGACCAGGAUAAUGAUGAUGUUUGCUACAUUUGUAACAAGGAGAACAAACUGGUCUGCUGUGAUGGGUGUCCACGAGCUUUUCACCGACACUGCCACGUACCAACUCUACAGGACGACAAACUUGGGGAAGAGUGGAUGUGUACGUUCUGUGAUUUAAAAUCUAACCAGAGAUUGUGGAUUCACAUGAGUAGGGAAGGUGCUUUGAGCAUUCCUGUUCAUGGAAACAUCCUGCGUUGUGAACAUUUGCUGCUGCGCUUGUAUAAAGCAGAUACAGAGUGUGUGUUUACUGAUGACCCUACUGAAAUGGUGCCGACAUACAACAGUGUGAUCUCCAACCCCAUGUGGCUGGACAGAGUGAAGGACAAACUACAGAAAAAUGAGUACAGAACAGUGAGCCAGUUUGUGCAUGACAUCGACCUCAUCUUCAACAACUGCAGGACGUUUAACAAGAUAAACAGCAGCAGAAUGGAUCUUUUAGAUUUUCUAACUGAAGAUGAGUUGAUGCAGUUUUUACACUGUAAGAAGACAGAGAUGUCUUGUAUGGAGGACCCACAGACCUUCCUCACCCAGCUCCGGGACCACGACCUGGUACCCGAGGAUGUCUACAAGAAGGUAAUAAAGAUGAAAAAUAAAGAGAGAAAGCAAAAAGGUGUCUAUGAGAUUUUGGACUGGGUGGAGAAUAAACGAGAACAGUGUAUGAAACUGUUUUGGAGUUGUGUGUUUCAAGAUCACAUCCUGCGGCAAUAUCCUGUUCUCCGCUUGCUCCAGAAAAGUCUUCUUGAUGGUUCCUUUAGGAUUCAUGAAAAUCUCCUAAAUGCUAAAAGAAAAAAUAAGUAUAAGGAAGCUAAGGGAGAAGAAAAAAAACAGGGAGAGCACAAGACUGCAACAAAGAGAAAGAGAAGUUCUGAAGAGACAGAUGAUGAGGAAACUGGACCUUCCUCUGUGUCCAGUCAGAAGAAACCAGCCAUGAAGCCUGAAAUCUUGCCACUGUUAAAGAGUGAAACACUUCCAGUUACCUGUGGAGAUAAAAAGGGAAUCCUGUAUCCAGACAAGCUUGCCAAAGGGGCAAAAUGUAAGUGUAUUCUGUCCCAGGACUGCUGGUUUACUACAAAUGACUUUGAGAGAUUUUCGGGAAGGGGAAAUAGCAGGAACUGGAAACUUACUAUCCGGUACCAAAACACUCCACUGCAGAAACUAUUAAAGGAGGGUCAUUUGCAGUGUCCACGCUCUCACAAAGGCUGUUGUCAAAAGAAAGUGUCAUUUUCUUCUGGACCUGAGGAACCCAACAGUCCUUCAAUUCAGCAAAACAGCGAGCGAGCGGACUCGUCUAAAUUUGGCAUCUCUGCUUUACCAGUGAGCUGUGGUUCUGUUAGUGGGUUUUUAUAUAAAAGCAGAUUUACAGGGUCACGCAGUAAAAGCAUCCGCACAGAGGAGCGGUGGUUCACUCCUGAGGAGUUUGUAAUGCAGGAGUCAACUCUAACAGAUGGACACUGGAAGAAAGACAUACUGUAUCAAGGGAAAACCAUUAACUAUCUGGUGAAGAAGAAGAUCCUGGAUAUCCAUCCACAGUCAUGUUCCUGUCAUGUAUGCUCUCCCAAGAAUAUUUGGGAACAGGAUAAUGAUGAUGUGUGCUACAUUUGUAACACUGGGGUAAAUCUGGUGUGCUGUGACGGGUGUCCGCGAGUUUUUCACCAUCACUGUCACUUACCCACUCUACAGGACGACACAUUUGGGGAUGAGUGGAUUUGUACUUUCUGUGUAUUAAAGGCUAACCACAGAUUGUGGAUUCACAUGAGCAGGAAAGGCGCGUUGGACAGUCCUGUUUUCAUGAACAAUAUGCGCUGUGAGUAUUUGCUAUUGCGCUUGUAUAAGGCAGCUACGAAGCAGAUGUUUGCUCACGACCCUACUGAAAAGGAGCCGAGAUAUAGCAGUGUGAUCUCCAACCCCAUGUGGCUGGACAAAGUGAAGAUUAAACUGCAGAAAAACGAGUACAGAACAGUGGGACAGUUUGUAAAUGACAUAGACUUCAUCUUCAACAACAACAAGACUUUUAACAAGGAUAAUUGGGGAGACAAAUUGAAAAAGAAGUUUGAGGAAGAUUUUAACACCAUCUUUAAAAUUGAGUAG